UCGUCGUGAGGCAGCCUCCUUGCCAGAGCCAGAAUCUCCACACCCAGCAUAUUGCCACGGCUUCAGGCUGCAGCUGGCUUGACCAGGCUCUUGCUCUCCUCCUUGCAUCUCGGCGCAGUCCAAGCGUGCGGCUGAAGAUUUCCCGAGUUCCCGCUUUCUGCUUCCCCCGUCCGAGGCUGCCCCUAUCUCUAUCUCUGCUUCAGGGUUCUCUCUCUGUGCGCCCUCCCCAGAGCUCUCCAGCUGCACGAUGAGAUGCCCCUGGCUGCUCCUCCUGUCGGCCGCUACCCUCGCCCUGAGCCAGGCGGAGGAGGGCAUCAAUAUCCCUGAGUACGACGGCGAAGACCGGGUCAUCCACCUUUCCUCAAAGAACUAUAAGCAAGUCCUGAAGAAGUUUGACAUCCUCUGCCUGUAUUACCACGAGCCCGUAGGCGAUGACAAGGUCUCCAUGAAGCAGUUUGAAUGGGACGAGCUCACGCUGGAGCUGGCAGCACAGGUCUUGGAAGAUAAGAACAUUGGGUUUGGCUUGGUUGACGCAGAGGAGGAUGAGGCUGUUGCAAAGAAACUAGGUCUGGUUGAAGAAGGCAGCAUUUAUGUCUUCAAGGAGGAUAACGUGAUCGAAUAUGAUGGCGAGCUGGCAGCUGACACUAUAGUGGAGUUCCUCCUGGAUGUUCUGGAAGACCCAGUGGAGAUGAUCGACGAUGAGGGCGAACUAGAAACGUUUGAGGACAAUGAGGAUGAAAUCAAGCUGGUUGGGUACUUCAAGAAUGAAGAUUCAGAACAUUUCAAAGCAUUUGAAGAGGCAGCAGAAGUAUUUCAACCCUAUAUUGCAUUCUAUGCCACUUUCAACAAACGGGUGGCAAAUAACCUGGACCUUAAAAUGAACCAAGUUGACUUCUAUGAACCAUUUAUGGAUGAGCCAGAUACAAUCCCCGGAAAACCCUACACAGAGAAAGAAAUUGUUGAUUAUGUCAAUGAACAUAAAAGGGCUACUCUGCGGAAGCUGAAGCCUGAUAGUAUGUACGAGACCUGGGAGGACGACAUCAAUGGGAUACACAUCGUGGCCUUUGCAGAGGAGGAUGACGCAGAUGGUUAUGAAUUCCUGGAGAUUCUGAAGGAAGUGGCAGAGGACAACACUGACAAUCCAGACCUCAGCAUCAUCUGGAUCGAUCCUGAAGACUUCCCUCUGCUGAACCCAUACUGGGAGAAAACAUUCAACAUCGAUUUGUCCGCGCCCCAGAUUGGCAUCGUCAAUGUCACUGACGCCGACAGCGUCUGGCUUGACAUGGAUGAGGAUGACCUACCCAGCACUGAUGAGCUAGAGGACUGGAUUGAAGACGUACUUUCAGGCGAGAUCAACACAGAAGAUGAUGAUGAUGACGAUGACGACGAUGAUGGUGAUGAUGAUGACGACGACGAUGAGGAUGAUGACGAUGAUUAAUCGCCAUUCAAUCAGCAGCCAUUGUUCAGUUGCAGGUGGAUGAUACUCUGGUCUGCCCCUGCAUUUCCACUCCUGGCAGACGCCACCUGAUGUUCUUUUUUCUAUCUGUAAAGCUCUUUAACUUAAUCUUUUUCUAUUGAGAAAUCAGCACGAAAAUCUCGUGGGAAUAGAGGUAAAGAGAAAGAAAAUAUAAACAAGACACUAAGAUAACAGACCAGUCUCUUUUUUGGG